AUGGCGGAGGGACCGCGCUACAUCUCGCUCAAGCGCCGCUACCGGCGACGGGCCGCCAUAUUGGAGCGCGCGCGGAUUUCCGGCCUGAGCGCCCCGCCCGACGGCGGCCGCUACGCGUGCGCGGCGUCGCCGGAAGCGGAACGGGCGGCGGAGCGGGUGGGGUCAGGCGCCGCCGUCCGCCGUCCUUUCCGCGGCGCGAUGCUGCCCACCACCUCGGUGGGGGCCCGCAGUCAGGGCAACGGCGCGCUCAGCCCCCGCGAUGCGGCGCGGCACACGGCCGGCGCCAAACGGCACAAGUACCUGCGGCGGCUGCUGCACGUGCGGCAGAUGGACUUCGAGUUCGCUCUGUGGCAGAUGCUGUACCUGUUCACCUCCCCGCAGCGGGUCUACAGGAACUUCCACUACCGGAAGCAGACCAAGGACCAGUGGGCGCGGGACGAUCCCGCCUUCCUGGUGCUCCUCAGCGUGUGGCUCUGCGUGUCUACUGUAGGAUUUGGAUUUGUGCUGGACAUGGGGUUUUUUGAAACAAUAAAGUUGCUGCUUUGGGUUGUAUUCAUAGACUGCGUAGGUGUUGGUCUCCUGAUAGCAACACUGAUGUGGUUCAUUUCUAACAAGUACUUGGUAAAGCAGCAGAACAGAGACUAUGAUGUGGAGUGGGGAUAUGCCUUUGACGUUCAUCUGAAUGCUUUCUAUCCACUCCUGGUCAUUUUGCAUUUUAUCCAGCUGUUUUUCAUCAACUAUGUCAUCAUACCUAAUUCAGUCAUUGGAUAUUUUGUUGGGAACACAUUAUGGCUGAUUGCAAUUGGCUAUUAUAUCUAUGUGACAUUCCUGGGAUACAGCGCAUUGCCCUUUCUGAAGAACACAGCUAUCCUUCUGUAUCCGUUUGCUCUCCUCAUUGUGCUCUAUUUGAUCUCAUUAGCAUGCGGAUGGAACUUCACCAAGAUGCUUUGUUCCUUUUAUAAGUACAGAGUGAAAUAAAAACAGGACUUCAUUUAUCUACUGAUUAUUUUCGCUUUAUCAUCUUAGCUGUCUUGAUGGCAAAAAAAACAGUUAAGAACUGAUUGUAAAUGGUUGUAAAUUUCUCUUUAUUGUAGAUAAUUGUGUAAAAAAAAAAGUUUGAAGUGUCUUUUUUUUAUUAAAAUAUUUACACCAGUAAACAUGUUAGCAAUUUUGUUCAAAUACUUUUGCAGUACAUUCCUACAAACAAUUGUACAUCUGUAACUUAACUGCAACAAGUCUAUGUAGCAUAACUCUUACUGCAGCUAUUUUGCACAUACUGGCAUAAGCUCUACAUUACAUGGGUUUUAAGUGACACCAAAGAGCAUUUUGAUAUAAGAAUAAUAUUGGAACACCUUGCCUUGGGACUGCAUGAAAGUAGAAGUGUUGUUAAUACUGUUGCAGUGGUAAAGCAACAUCUGGCUCCGGGUGGAGAACUGUCCUCUCCUUUUAUGAAAGAACUUUAGGUCGUUUUAUUGUAAUGGUUAUUUCAAAUAUACACAGACAAUGCUGGCACACAGAAGUAACAUUGAUGCAAGGCACGAUUACCAUGACCCCAUACCAGGUUUCCAAAUAUAGCAGCAAGUUUUUUAAUCUAAUCUAGAGAAGUCCAAUGGGUAUUAUUACAUCCACUAUUACAAGUGGGAUGUUAAUGAAAAUGGAAGGAAAGUACGAGUUAAUUUGGCCACACAGGCUUAUGGCAAUGCCUACAGCUGUGAAGUCCACAAGGCAGAAUAAACUGACCAUCACAAACAACACCUUCUGGAAAAUGAAGAUGAUGACUUCCCUAAGACUGUGUUCAAUAUGAAACGUGAGCACUAGGAUUCAGUUUCAAAAACAAUGCAAGAGUAAACUGCAUACAGUAAGACUUUGUAUUUCAAUACUAGAGUUCGAUCUCUAAGGAAAAACUAUAUCUUAUCUUAAAAUACCAAAUAUGCUGGCAGUGCAUCUUACAGUACUGUGUGUUUCAGCCACUGUUAAGGCUUGAAGAGAAUUGUGUUCCCCCCUCAGCAGCCACUGAGCAACGUUCCCCUUUUAACAAGGAAAGCACUGAACCGCUGACACAAGGAAGGCUAAGGAUUCCAGGCUGCCCUGGCAAACGAGCUCCCGUCCUGCAGGCAGCUAUGGCCUUACUGCACUACGUUCCCUAAAAGGAAUCCUAGCACCGCUUAAGUUCAACGCUGAAAAUUCUUCAUAUUAGCGCCCUCUGGUACGAUACCAUUGAAAUCAAUGGAGGACUUGGGGCCUGUGUACCUUGCCUUCAGAGUUCAUCCCCUCAAAACAAGGCUUCAUAGUUCUCACAAUUAAGCUACUUGAAGUUGUAGCUGCUCACAGUUCACAGCAGAAAUCAGCAAAACCCUUAAGAACUAAAACACUCAAAGAAUAAUUCAUUAUGUCUGCAUGGGGUGUGUUUUUAAAUCAGCAAUUGGUGCUAGCCUGAAAACACCAGCUGCUUAAAAGCCUUUCAGCAUUACACUGGUGACCGUAAAGACAGAAAGCAUAGGGCUUUUUCUUCCUUCUACAGCUCCUCGCCUUCACUAGUUCAGAACACAUCCCUCCUUGUAAGGACAAAUAUAAAACUCAAGGUCGAUGUAUUGCAGAGGGACAAGGUUUGAAAAAUCAGAUUUUUCUUUUCCAUGAAAUUAAAACAAUAUUCUGCCAAGUUGGAAGCAACCUACAAAUUACUACAACACUUCAUUUGCAGCAAGCAUUUCCAACAACAAAAGAAUCC